AUGUUAGCACUGGCCUGGCAUCGGAAAAGAAAAUCUUGCCAACCUGAGCCUCUUCCAAAUACUGUGCAAACUUCAUGUACAGGAAACCAGAGCAAAGAAGCUGGGGAACAGGUUCCACCUGCACCUGUGACUUCUCUAGUGCAGGAAACUUUCGAUCCUGUCAAGGUCAACAAUGCAAAUGCUGUAGAAUUGAAAAUUGCUUGUGAUGACGCUGUCAAAAGGUUCUUCUCUCGGCCAGACCAGUACAAAGUCCAAUAUACGCAUACAGAUGUUAAGCUGGGGUUAGGGUGGACAUCUGUGCUCAUCGCGGCUGCUACAGGAUUGUAUGGGUGGAAAACGGAGUUCGAGAAGGCCAAGCCUCUCAUAUGGCUCGGCGUCACACUCUACACCAUUUUGACGGCUAUACAAGCUGCAUACACGUACUUUGUUGAAGGGAAAACAAUCUUUGUUGGGAAGAGGAAGACACUUUCCAGCCGUAUCGAAACAGAAAAGAUAACCAUAGAUGCCGAAACAUCACUGUCUCCUUCAUCCUCGCCUCUUUACUGUCUGUCACUCACUUACGUCCGCUCCUCAAACAGUGGGAAGACGCUUAUUAGACGCACACAGCUCAACAAACAGGAGCGGCCUUAUACUUCCCUUUUUGACUCGGAGGGAAACUUUGAUCAGUCACGGUUCACUGCAUGGUUGCAUGAGCUCAGCUUGGGGCUGGUGGACGACAAGCCAAGUGACUCGAAGGAGGAGAAGGCAGAUUGCGACUGA